AUGCCAUAUUCAAAACAUCAGUUACAAGCUCGACAAGCAAUUUCCAAAUGUUGGAAAUCCAAUGAUUUAUCUAUAUUGGACUCAACUUCUCAGAAACUGUAUAAUGAUAAUGAUAAUCUUGAAGAUGUUAUGCAUCAAACAAACAUUGAGAACUUAGAUAUAUAUGUCUCUAAUCAUCCACAACGAUACUUGGAUAACUCAGAAACUGCUAAAAAUAUGGCUGAAAAUAAAAAUAAACAAAUGGAUAAUGCCGAAUAUGAAAAAGAACCCAAUUGA